AUGAAUGGGUUUGCCACAGCUGCUAAUGUCAGCACAGACAUGCUUUCCAGUCUCUCCAAGGAGGACUUGCGAGACCUCUUUACAGGGCCUGAGCACUUUAUCCGAAGGAUGGCCAUUUGGAGGACCAUACAUGGUGGAAAUGAGUAUGAACAAUUAGCCUACAACAACCAGCCUCACCCAGGCACCUCUGGAUGUGAUGCCACCUCUAUUCCCACUACCCCAACCCCAUCCACCCCUCCAUCCAUCCCCGCACCAGGAGACAGUGCCAGCAGAACUGUACAGCUUGUAUGUCCACAGUUUGUUGUUUACACAGACACAGAGUUGGAGCAGUCGAGAACCGCCUAUUUUGAAAAGCAACGUGCUGGACAAGAAGGCGACUAUACACUCUCCAAAGAGCUUCGCUGCCGCUUAAUAAGGAAUACAGUAACAAGCAUGCUUGCCAUUAAGACAGCUGCUGAGGAUGACUUCCAAUAUCCAUGCUGCAGAGAGCUAUCUGCGAUGGCUAAGCGUCUCAUUGAGUACUACCCGAUGCUGCGGGACAGAACUGCAGCCAGUGGAGAUGAGUGGAAAUCUGUCAAGAAGCAGCUUUUGAAAAGGGUCCAGAACGUGACACCCCCAAAAAAGAGACAGGGAGCAACUCCCUCAAGAAAGAGGCAACGAGCCAUCAUCAAUGAGAGCAGCAGCAAGGAGUCAUCCACUGAUGACAGUGGGUCCACUGCUUCAACUUUGAUCUUGGAAAGAUCACCACAGUCUGGAGGCAGUUCCCCAGAGGCUGAACAGUUGGAUGUACCAGCUUCAGGUUCUGGUCCUGGUGGUUCAUCUGGAAAGAGGAGACAGAGAGAGGACACUCCUGUUGACUUAACACUUCAGACUAAUUCAUCUGAAAGGCCUGAAACUUCUGACAGCCUUCAGAACCAGGCCAGACACUACGGAGUUCUGCAGGAGCUGUACAAAUCCAGGCCCAGACCCAACAAGAAGGAUGUUGCCCAACUGUUGGACCUGGAAUACCAAGCAAGACGGGCUUACAUCAACUCUGAUGUGAUGAGGGAACAGGACAAACCGACCAAGAUACUUCAAGCAUAUCCCUGCUUCAGAGAAGUGGAUCAUGUAAUUAAGCAAGCCAUUGCCACAAUGAAAGCUUUGCCUGACAUCUUUCCAUCACCUGUUGCUCCACCCAAGAAGUUAGGGCAUGCGAGUGAGGCUAUGCUUCACAUCCUCAAGUCUGCAGAAGACGCCAACACCUUUCUUCAAACCAGACCACUCUCCAGCCCUGUGGUGAUUGUCACUGAGACCAACUGCAUUCUGGCCAUCGGUACCAUUCCUGUGCUGACCUUCCCAAAGGAGGACAUCUCUGACAGUGUGAUGUACAUCAUGGCAUGCUACUACACCUUUCACCUCACAUACCCAAAGUGCUUGGCCACACUCCUGUCUCCUGGACCACCUCAUUUAACCUCCUCGCCCGCCACCUGCUCACCAGGCCUCCAGAACCUCAGACCCGUCCACGCCUGCCGGUGGCGCAGCCACUGCCUCGGCCCCGGCCUUGGACCAGGCCAAGUCAAUAAACCCUUUAAACCCAGUCCUACGGUGUCGGUCCUGAUGACCCUCAUGAAGCUCCGGCUGAACCUGCUGCAGGAGGACCUGCUGAGAGCUUCUCCUGCUUCGCCAGCGUCUCCUGCAGUGCCUGCUCGCCCUCUUCCUCUGGAGUUCCCCGUUCCUCGGCGCAAAAGAAAGAGGGAACAACAACAGGACGACUUGAUACUGCGGCAGAUGGCAACCCUGGAGGAACACAGGAUGGAGCUGUAUCAGAGACUUGUGCAAGGGGCGGACGAGUGCUCGAGGUUCGGGCGAGUGGUGGCCGACCUUUUACGUAGAGUGCCCGAGGACGAGAGGCCAGAACUCAUGUUUCGCAUGCACAGCCUGAUACACAAGAGGAAGCUGUAG